ACUCUAUGCAUGAUUACUUCCGCAUUUUGUCUCAGUCCGCUCAUCUACAUCCGGUGCUGCGCCUGUGUGAAGAAUUCUGUGGAGACGAUGGCAAAUUACACUCGGUGUUUACAAGAGCUUCCCGCGAUUACGGUGAAUGACGUUAAUCGUAUUGUGAGGCAGUCAGCUGUCACACCCAACAGUAAGAAGGAGAAGGGCUUCAAAUUAUAUAUUUCGAGCUACAUCGACAACUUUGAAGGUGAGUAUUCUCUCAUUUCAUGCUAAAUCCGACUAACUUUAGCGUCUCCGUUCCUGACCUGUCAUAGCGGUCUUUGUAUUAUUUAUAUAUUUUGUUAAACGUAAAUGUAUAGUUUUACGUGUUUUCCCUUAUGCCUAAAGUGCUUGUUUGUGCAGUGUACAUACAAAUUAUGGAAAACGAAUUGUUACUGACUUUUAGUAAUUUCUCAGUUUCCAGUAAGGAUCAGUUCACAGGAGAAGUCAGCGUGAGGGCGACAUGUUUCAGGUCGAUGAGGAAGUCAGAGAAGCCCCAUAGAUUGAGAGUAGGAGAACACAAAAGACAGCUGAACUCUAAAUGAAAUGCAAUUUUUAAACAGAAGUUGUUUGUGGGUUCUACAGCUGUACAAAGACAGGCAUAGUCAGUAAAUGGGUUCAUACGUGCUUCAAUUUAAAGAUAGUAGUAAUUACAGUAUAUGGGUUUAGAAUCUAUUUACAUAUAACAUUAAUUCCUAAUUCUUGUUUUUGUUUAAUUUAAUUAUAUUCACAGAUUGUAUUAAAGGACUCUCGUCCUGUAAUACUGUCACAGAGCUGUUGUUCUUGUGUUGCUGGGACAGCACUGUGCAACCACAUUGUUGCAUUACUCUACCAAGCAGCCCACUACUCACAGCUUGGCAUCAGUGCAGUUCCUCCAGUUCACAGCUGUACUGAAAUGGAGCAGAGCUGGCACAAACCCAGAACAAUGGGAAUCAAGCCUGGUCCUGUCAACAGAAUGCUGGUUCUGUCUGCAAGACCUAAAGAGAGGAAGCUUGCUGAGGGGUUAAGGAGUACCCUUUACAAGGGUGUCACCAGUGAGCUGCCUGACCUCUCAUUCCUCCAAAUAGCAGAGGCAUAUAAGGACUUUGCCAGUGCUGUAGCCCCUUUGGUCACCACUAUGGAGAUGUCGAAUGAUGAUCCUUUGGUUGAUUCUGCCUUUGGCAAAGUUCAGUAUGGAAGUGUGCUGUCAUACCAGCAGCCAGCAGCAACAACACCCAACAUUACUCACCAUCAGGAUGCCCCACCACCGCCACCUCUGCCACUAGUUGGUCACAGCUUUGACACAUCUGUUUGCUUGUUUGUCCAUAGUGAACAUGGACAACUACACAUGAAGUCACUGGCAGUAAGUUUGGAUAUGGCACAUAAGAUAGAGCAUGCCACCAAAGAACAGAGUGCAUCACUUGAUUGGCACUCUGUCCGAAAGCCCCGGGUAACAGCGUCACGUUUUAGGGAGGUUUGUCAUGUGCGUGGCCAGAGCUCAGCUGAACACCUGGCUGAAAGAAUCUACAAGGGAACUCGCCAGACAGCAGACAUGAAGAGAGGUCUUGAAAUGGAAUCUGCUGCAAUUGAGGAAUACUGUCUGCUGCGAGAAGUAAACUACCACCCUUGUGGAUUCUUAAUUCACCCCGAUGCACAUUGGCUGGGGGCCUCUCCUGAUGGGAUUAUUUUUGACCCUAAAGAGCACCAUGUUUUUGGUCUUUUAGAAAUCAAAUGUCCAAAUGUCAAAAGUUACGUGGACUGUCCUUACCUUAAAUUUAACAAUGGCACACCAGAACUGAAACAACAACAUGCAUACUAUUGGCAAGUUCAAGGACAAAUGCUGAUCUCAGGAUUGGACUGGUGUGAUUUUGUCAUUUAUGCACAGGAUGACAUGAUGGUCCAGCGCAUCUACAAAGACCUCAAAAUGUUUCUGAACAUUCGAGAGAAAGCCGACCAUUUCUUUUUUUACUUUUACCUGCCAAGAUGCCUACAGAUGUAA